AUGUACAGUACGGGAACAGCUCCAAUUCAGAAUAUAGGAGGAGUGCCACCACAGCAACUGCAACAACAACAACCAGCAGGAUUCACUGGAGGUGGAGGUGGUGGAGGCACCCCAAGAAAUGAUCCUAAUUUGUUAUCCACGGGAUUACAACCACCACCAGGUGGUAUGAGUAGUAAUCUUGGACCAAAUAUUGCUACUUCCACAGGUGGAGGUAAUCGUGCAUUAAACGACGAACAAAUAUAUCAAUGGAUAUCUGAAUUAGUUACGGGUACAAAUAGAGAACGAGCAUUACUUGAAUUAGGUAAGAAAAGAGAACAAUAUGAUGAUUUAGCUUUAGUGUUAUGGAAUUCAUUUGGAGUUAUGACUGUUUUAUUAGAAGAGAUUAUUUCAGUGUAUCCAUGUUUAAAUCCUCCUAAUUUGAGUGCAUCUGCAAGUAAUCGAGUAUGUAAUGCUUUAGCAUUAUUACAAUGUGUUGCAUCAAAUGUUCAAACUCGAGGAUUAUUCUUGAAUGCUAAUUUACCAUUGUAUUUAUAUCCAUUUUUAAGUACUAAUGCUAGACAAAGAUCUUUUGAAUAUUUGAGAUUAACAAGUUUGGGUGUUAUUGGAGCAUUAGUUAAGAAUGAUACUCCAGAAGUUAUAAAUUUCUUAUUAACAACUGAAAUUGUUCCAUUAUGUUUGAAUAUUAUGGAGAUUUCUUCUGAAUUGUCCAAAACAGUGGCAAUCUUUAUUUUACAGAAGAUACUAUUGGAUGAUCAAGGGUUAUCAUAUGUUUGUACUACUUUUGAAAGAUUUCACACUGUUGCUUCGGUAUUAUCGAAAAUGAUUGACCAGUUGAGUAUAUCAGCAUCCCAACAAAAUCCCCAACAGCAACAACAACAACAACCAGGUCAACCACCACAACAACAGACACCACAGCAACCUUCUAAUAGUUCAGGUAGGUUAUUGAAACAUGUUGUGAGAUGCUAUAUGAGAUUAUCGGAUAAUUUAGAAGCAAGAAAGGCAUUGGCUAAUAUUUUACCUGAGCCAUUACGAGACGGAACAUUUGCAAUGAUCUUACAAGAUGAUUUGGCCACAAAGAGAUGCUUAUCGCAACUUUUGUCAAAUAUAAGUGAUCAACAACAACAACAACAGCAGCUUCAAUAA